UCAGUCGCUGUUGUGGCUACGAAGAGCAGACAGGCUCUCUUUGGUAACCGUGGUUCAGCCAGAGGCUUAACGGGAGUGUUUUUAAAGGACCUCCGUACUGAAAACAACCAACUGCAGGCGUCUCUGAGCAAGAAGGUUAACACGGCAGGUACUGGGGAAGCUGCAGGCAGAAAGUACUGAAGUAAAGGUCUGCAGACAGUUUGGGGUGAAAGUGGACGAAAUGUUGAGCCAAGUCUUUGUUUCUUUGUGAACGCAUCAGAAGAGGCCGGCUGUGAACAUGCGCUGCCUCGCUGCACGGGUGAACUACAAGACCCUCAUUGUUAUCUGCGCUCUCUUCACACUCAUCACGGUGCUGCUAUGGAACCGCUGUGCCAGUGACACCUCCAUCCGCUUCCUGCCCCGCGCCGCCUUYGUGGCUCCAAGUCCUAAGAUCAGGGAUGAUAGCAUCAGCAACCAGCAGCAACCGCCACAACCUCCAGAGCCCCCUCCUGUUGUUGGUGUUCUGGGCGGGAUUAGGUAUGAAGAGAUUGAUUGCCUAAUCAACGAUGAUUCCACCAUCAAAGGCAGGCGAGAGGGCGGGGAGGUCUACCUGCCUUUCAGCUGGAUGGAAAAAUACUUUGAGGURUACGGCAAAAUAGUCCAGUACGAUGGCUAUGAUCGGUUUGAGUUCCAGCACAGCUACUCAAAGGUUUACACUCAACGUGAACCUUAUCACCCUGAUGGAGUCUUCAUGUCAUUCGAGGGAUAYAAUGUGGAGGUUCGUGACCGUGUCAAGUGUAUCAGUGGAGUGGAAGGUGUUCCUCUGUCCACUCAGUGGGGUCCUCAGGGCUACUUCUACGCCAUCCAGAUUGCCCAGUAUGGUUUGAGUCAUUACAGCAAGAACUUGACUGAGCGCCCACCCCACGUGGAGGUUUACGACACAGCCGAGGAGCGGGACAGCAGGGCCAGCACGACUGCUUGGAGCGUGCCAAAAGGUUGCAGCCUCAGCCGUGUCCAUGACAAGAGCAGAUCUACCUCUGUGCGUCAGUUCAGCUCUCCGGACUCUUCAGAAGGUGUAUCGCUCCAGUUGGGCAACUCAAGAGACUUCAUCCUCAGCUUAGACAUCAAGUUCACCUCCAACGGCAGCUUGUCUGUGGUCCUCGAAACCACAGAGAAGGGUCCGCCCUUCACCAUUCAUUAUGUGACCAACACACAGCUCAUCGCCUUCAAAGACCACGACGUCACCUAUGGAAUCGGGCCUCGAACUUCCUGGAGCACGCUGACCCGAGACCUGCUGACGGACCUCAGGAAGGGUGUGGGACUGUCGAACACAAAGGCCGUCAAAGCCACAAAGAUCAUGCCUAGACGGGUGGUGCGGUUAGUUUUACRUGGGCGUGGCUUCAUUGACAACAUCACCAUCUCCACCACCUCCCACAUGGCCGCCUUCUUUGCUGCCAGCGACUGGCUGCUGCGGAACCAGGACGAGCGGGGCGGAUGGCCCAUCAUGGUCACCCGUAAACUUGGCGAGGGCUUCCGGCCUCUGGAGCCCGGCUGGUACUCGGCCAUGGCUCAGGGCCAGGCCAUGUCCACCCUGGUGAGAGCCUACCUCAUCACCAAGAACCACGCUUACCUCAACGCUGCCCUCAAGGCAGUUGGACCAUAUAAGGUGCUUUCGGCGCAGCAYGGGGUCAAAGCAGUGUUCAUGAACAAGUACGACUGGUAUGAAGAGUACCCCACCACGCCAAGUUCGUUUGUCCUCAACGGCUUCAUUUACUCCCUGCUGGGACUCUACGACCUGGCUGAGACUGCAGGGGAGAUUGUGGGCAGAGAGGCGGGGCAGUUGUUCAGCCACGGCAUGGAGUCGCUGAAGGCCAUGCUGCCACUCUUUGACACGGGGUCGGGGAGCAUCUAUGACCUGCGUCACUUCAUGUUGGGCACUGCGCCCAACCUGGCGCGCUGGGACUAUCACACCACGCACAUUAACCAGCUGCAGCUGAUAGCAUCCAUAGACAACUCCCCCAUCUUCAAGGAUGUGGUCAAACGCUGGAAAAACUACUUAAAAGGGGGCCGUGCCAAGCACAACUAGUCCAACUGUAAACUACCGAGGUAACAGCUAAGUUCAGAGGAGAAUCCGCGUGUUCAGUGRAGGAUUGAGACGUGUGCUCACUUUUUGUGACUGAAUGAGUCCUACUUCUGGCUGAGGAUCACAGUCUGAGAGAUGAGCUCUUUAUGCUCGUAUUUAAUGUGCAUUGUUGCAGGUUUUAUAAUCUCUGCAACAUCUACUGUAGCUCAACUGGUUAUCUGUCCCCGGGGCUAGUGUUUGUAAUUAUGCACAGACCUAGUUUCAGCAUGAGUGUUUGCAUUUUGGAAGAAUGAUUGUGUUUUUUGUUUAAAAAAAAAAUCACUAUUAUAAUGUUAGAACCUUAUCUCUGACUUUAAUUCCUCCACAUUUAUUUUCAUUUCCUUUUCACUUCAUAUCAGAUUUGCAGAGUUUAUUCAACCAAACUGUGAAAAACAGAGUAUAUUAUAACUUGUUUAAAGGAGAAUGUUGCCAAAAAGAGUAAGUGAUCAAUAAUCAACAGAAGAUAAACAGUUUGGGUUUUAUUUCCCUACAAGUUUAGGAAUCAGAUGCUCUGUGUUUGCACUCCAGUUAGCUUUGAAACCACUUUUCACAAGAAUUACAGUGAGGACUUGUAUUAUGUUUGUCAUGUUUCUGUUCGUGUGAUCACAAUAUUAGGAAAUAGAUUUAGAUGUUUAAGCUACUUAAAACCAACUCUGAGAAAUAAACAAUCAUAUUUAGAUGCGACACUUGGUUUUUGUUUCCCAGAGAGAAAUCCAUCAGGUUUUCAACUGUCUCUAAACCUAAUAACUCAUUACGAUUAGCUUUGGGCUCUGAAGCAAUUAAAAUGUUGGGACUAUAUUGUCAGCUGUUUUAUACGUGUGUUGAUUAGUAACAAAAUCGUAAACAAAGUCAYAGACGCAAACAAAAUGCAUUACUUGGGCUACGUUCAUACUGCAAGUUUUAAUGCUCCUUUCCAGUGUUUUGCUCUAUUUAUAUUUUUUGCACAGUUUGYAUUAUAAUUUAAACACGAUCACCAUCAGACUCCAGUGUGGACAGUCCAUAACCCUGAAGAGACCCGCAUGUGUAGAAGAAGUGACGUCACGCACAUCGCUGUGUUUACAGAAGUAAAUAUGGAUGCUACAUCUGCUUAGAGCUGACGAGAUCAUUUUCUGCCAUUCUUGUUUCGCUCAAUGUUUACAUUUGAUCGUGCUGCUUCCUGCCUCCUUCUGGAACAGGAGUGACUGAAAGUAGAAACUAUCUCAAGUAUCGAUCCCAUCAUUCUAGCAGUGAUACGAUCCAGCACAUUAGUUUACCAGUGUUAGCAUCAUGAUUUGUCACGAUAUGACAAAUCUAGAACGUGUACAAAAAGACAAAACUGGACUUUCGUUCUGUAGCUGAAGAAUGUGCGGUUUCAAGCUAUAUACUGCGUGAAGUUAAAAUUGGUGACAUCAAUAUUUGGAUAGAUCAGUAGACCCCCYUACCUCAGUGACGAAAAAGUCAAUGAAGUGUGACAUGACUGAAUAUGUACCUGAUUAAGUAACACGUAUGCUUGCAGUGUAAACGUAGCCUCUCAGUUCAGCUCGGUAAGUAAAAUGUCCCACAUAAGAUGUGAAAGUGAUUUCAGUUGAUCACAAAUCAGAGAAAACAACAACAGUUUAAUUUGUUUUUAAUUAUCUGGCUCAGGAAACAAUAAAUCUACAAUAUUUGUUUACGUUCCUUUAAAAUGUUUUUGCAGCAUUUACGACUGAAACAAGAGACUGCAGGUGUAAAUAAGUUUGUUUACUGAAUUACCUUCUUUUGUUUUUUUGUUGAAGUAGUUCUUGAUUUGUUUGGGAAGAAACAAMAUGAAUAAUUUCCUAAUGAAUUUGUCCAAAAAAAAUCACAACUUAUUUUUUGUUGUAGCUCUUUUUUUUUGUUAAUUUUUAUUUAUCUUAGUAGAUGUGUUUUUUUGUUUGUUUGUUUGUUUUUUUUAAUUGCAAAUUUAUUCUAAAGCUGUGCGUCUGUAGCCUGUAGUUGAAACUGAUGAUCAGAUUAGUGAUGUUGGUGUUUGUAGCGUUUGGUGAGACAGCAGGGAAAUUCUGCCGGUCCCUGUAGGUUUCUCGCCGCUCCCUUCACCUGCUCCCAGAGCGUGAACUCGCUAGUUUUGAUCCGCACUGCUGACCUCGAAAUGAGGAGAGAGACUACUCUCGCAAUUCACCCGACUAAUAGGGUGAAAGAGGCUUCACACAAGUUCAGUCCUGAGUCAUGAAUGAGUCAGCGCUUUUUUCCUGACGAAAGCGAAGCCCUCGACAUCAAUGGGACUCUCAUCGAUCUGCUUUACAGAUUAACAGGAUUCAGAGCGACACGUUGUUUGGAGGGUGCUGACAGGGCUCGUCAUCAAACUGGUGUUCAUCCCUGAGAUCAAAUUAUAUUCCCACAUCGUCCACGUUGACGCAGAUUAUAUCAAAGAAAUGUGUUCAAUUUAAUCUGUUAUUAGACAAAGAUCAAUCAUUGUACCAGGAUAACUGUGCUGCUUUCUGCUGAUCGUAAAAUUUGUUACUCAAGCAGAAAAACAUAUUMGAAGUCUGAAGAUUGGGGAAACGUGGAAAAUUAACUGGAACAAAGUACAUUUAUUCUGUUUGCACAACUAAUCCAGAUUAUUCACAAAAAAAAUCUUAGGUUAAAACUUGUUUCAUGACUUCAUUGUCAAAAUAUUAAAAAGAUUCACAUYAUUUUUUGUCUUUUUGCUGAUCUCAGUUCAUUUGUUUUCUCUUUGUUCAACUUUUUCCAUUUCUACAAGCUAAGCACUCAUUGUUUUAUUUAAGGGAACAUUCAGGAAUAGACGUUUUUGUGCACGAGCGAAGUUUCACGUUGUUUAUACCAAAGUCAUGUCUUCAAGUUCAUUUGAAUUUGUAUAUUUUGUGCAAACUGACUUCCAUCUAGCGUUUGGUGACAAGUCUCCACGGAGACGUCACGGAGAGACACUGCCUUUUGAGAAAUGCUAGUUUUUUUAAGCGUAGGUUCGAGUAGAUUMUAGCAAAACCCAGACUUGUAAAACCUGCUUAUUGCAAAGGGAAAUGGUGCAACUAGAGAUUAGCAUUAAAUCUGUUUUGAAGAGAAACGAGCUAACAGCUGCAGAUUCUCCUUGAAGGUGUUUCCCUUUUGUUGUUUGAAUCAUUUACAGGGGAUUGCGUUUUGUUCGGUUAAUAAAAGCACAACUGCAGUUUAAUCUCACAUAAUUUUGUUGUUUUCUCUUAGACUCUGUUUUUGUUUUCUGGAYGGUGUACAGCUUCAUUAAGCUGCUAAAGCUGUUUCACUGUGUUAUUAAAACUUUUUUUCUCCCCUCUGUCUGUUCAUAAUUUGAUUAAAAAAAACAAAAUAUCUCUUCAUCAAAUGGCCUCUGAGGUCAAAUUGAUUUAUGCAAUAAGAUGUUCACUGGGCCUGGCRGCAGCACCACAGACCCAGUGUGGUUGUACAGACUUUGCAAUCGAAGCACAAUGUGCAAAUGUUAUCAUUUUUUUAGUCUGAGUAAGAGAAGUGUUUAUAUACAGAGUAAAUCUUUGUGCUUUAAAUUUGCUUUUUAAGGUGUGUAAAGAAUAAAUAAAUAAAAGCAUUUUUUCCUAAA